UUCACCAGUCAAAGAUGGCUACUCCAAGGAGAAGCACACGCGUCUGGCUCACCAGCAUUCUGCUGCUCUUCGUGCUCACAACCACGGCGUCGGCCAAGGGGUGCGUUGAGGUGGAGAGGGACGCCCUCCUCGCCUUCAGAGCCCGCAUCGUCGAUCCGUCCCACCGCCUGUCCUCGUGGCGUCGCCGAGUAGACUGCUGCAGAUGGAACGGCGUGGUGUGCGACAACACCACGGGCCGCGUCGUGGAGCUCAACCUUGAGAACUCGGCGGACAUGACUUUCGAGUCGAAUCAGGCGGCGCUGCGGGGUGAGAUCAGUCCGUCCUUGCUCUCUUUGACGCAUUUGGAUCGCUUGGAUCUCAAUCACAAUGACUUCGGGGGGUCACCGAUCCCCGCCUUUCUGGGCUCUUUCCCCAAACUGACGUAUCUCAACCUCUCCUGGUCCAACUUCAGCGGAGCCAUUCCGCCCCAGCUGGGCAACCUGUCCAGCCUCCGCUCUCUCGAUCUCCAUUCGUAUGGCUUAUCGACCGAUGGCCUGCACUGGCUCUCGCGUCUCUCUUCCUUGAGAUACCUCGACAUGAGCAGUGUGAACCUUUCCAUGGCCUCCCCCGAUUGGCUUCAAGCGGUGAACAUGUUGUCGUCGCUACGGGAGCUACAUUUACCAUACUGUGGCCUCACCGACCUCCCCUCUUCUCUUUCCCAUGUCAACCUCACCUCGUUGAGCAUUCUCGAUCUCCGUGGCAACGUCUUCAACUCCACCUUCCCCAGCUGGCUUCUGGAACUCCGCAGCCUGUCCUACCUUGCUCUUAGCGAUUCAAAGUUGCAUGGCGAGCUACCUGCUGGGAUCGGAAGAUUGACUCGUCUGACCCAGCUUGAUCUCAGCGCUAAUUCACUCUCUGGUCCUCUCCCCGCGGAGAUUUGGAGUUCGAGGAGUCUAUCAAGCAUCGACCUCAGCUUUAAUUCGUUCCGAGGUCCGAUGCAAGUGGAAGCAGGGAAUUGGACUAGUCUCUCACAGGUAUAUCUGAUCAACUGCUCACUCAAUGGCAGCAUCCCUGCUGCGAUUGGGAGUUUGACUCGUCUCGUGGAGCUGCACCUCAGUGGCAAUCGACUCACUGGUCCCAUACCUGCCGAGAUCGGUAAUUUGACUGCUCUAACAACGCUCGACUUGGGUCGUAAUUCUCUCACUGGAUCCGUACCACCUGAGAUCGGCAAGCUUUCCAACCUAACCUCGCUUGAUCUCUCUCUCAAUUCCCUGAAAGGUACCAUGUCCGAACUCCAUUUCGCCAACCUCGCCAAGCUAGACGUCUUAUACUUGUACAGGAACUCCUUGGACAUCGCAAUAGGCCAUGAUUGGAUUCCACCUUUUCAACUCGAGACAAUCGGAGUGGAUUCCUGUAAGCUGGGCCCUUCGUUUCCCGGAUGGCUGCGCUCGCAGGAAUCCAUGGUGGAUUUGAAUUUGUCGAACACAAGUAUCGAGGACACUUUGCCCGACUGGCUCUGGAAUUCUUCUUCCUCUUCCUUAAUGAUCAUAAAUCUGUCCCACAACAAGAUUUCUGGCACUCUGCCGGCAUCCUUGGAGAGUCUGACCAACUUGAUGUUCCUAAAUUUGAGCUCUAAUCUGCUCCAAGGUCUCGUCCCUGUUUCGCCACCAUUCCUACAAGCACUGGAUCUAUCAAGCAACGCUCUCUCAGGACCGCUACCAUCGACCUUUGCACCGGUGUCGGUAUACUUGUUCUUCUCAAACAAUCAUAUUAACGGGAGCGUACCAUCCUCCGUCUGCACUUUGCAGCAGCUUUUCGCCCUCGAUCUGUCGAACAAUCAAAUAUCAGGAGAAAUACCUCGGUGUUGGCAAGAGGCAAAUGAACUAUUGUUUAUCAAUCUGGCGAAUAAUAAGCUCGGUGGAAAGGUUCCCAACUCCAUCGGAAACUUGACCAAGCUCGAGUUCUUGCAUCUGAACAACAACAGCCUCCAUGGAGAUCUUCCACCAUCGUUGCAAAGUUGUAGCCAGUUAGCCGUCAUCGAUCUCGGUCGCAACCAUUUUUCGGGCAAGAUUCCGGCAUGGAUCGGACAAAGCUUUCGAUAUCUGGAGGUACUUCUGCUACGCUCGAACAUGUUCUCCGGCGACAUUCCACCACAGCUUGGUCAACUAAGUAAUCUUCAAAUCAUCGACCUUGCCGACAACGAGCUAUCAGGGAGCAUACCACGCUCCUUCGGCAAUUUCAGCGCCAUAAUUUCCAUAACAAAGUCGAUGUCUUCCACGAUUUCGUCCGACCCAAACUUCGAGUUGUCCUCUUUCGUGGCCAGCGAAAGCAUAGCUCUAAUUACAAAGGGAGACGAACAAAGCUUUUCGUCUAUUCUCCAUCUCGUGAAGAGCAUUGACCUCUCAAAAAAUUCUCUGACCGGAGCAAUCCCCACAGAGAUCGGGUACCUCGCCGCACUUCAAACUUUAAAUCUAUCAAGAAAUAGCAUCGGAGGUAUGAUUCCGAGUACCAUUGGCGGAAUGAAAUCACUGGAAACUCUCGACUUAUCAUUCAAUAACUUAUCCGGAGCUAUUCCUCAGAGUAUGACAGCUUUGAAUUCUCUCAGCCAUUUGAAUCUGUCUUAUAACAAUCUAUCCGGAGCCAUUCCAUCGGGUUUUCAACUUCAAACACUUCCGGCAUCCAGUUACAUCGGUAAUGCGUAUCUCUGUGGGCUUCCGGUUAGCAAGAGUUGCCUCAAUGAGACAAAUACCAAUGCGACAGAUGAGGAGGACGAGGAAGAAGGACUUCAUGGGCUAUCGCUCUACUUCGGCAUCGCGUUCGGUUAUUUGGUUGGACUGUGGAGCGUGUUUAUCGUCAUGCUAUUUAAGAAAGAUUGGAGGAUAUUUUAUUUUCGAAUGAUUGAUCAAAUCUAUGAUAAAGCGUAUGUGGCAAUCAAGAUAAAGAUCAACGGAUGGACGGUCAACAAAGGAGAGGGACGUACGCAAAAUUGAAAUCAACGUUAUUGUAUUACAUAGUGUGUGCUGUGAUCAAAGGCAAGGAUGUUAGAGUUACACCAUCGAUAAUGUUGCUAUGAAUGAUGCAUGCGGUGGUGUCUGCGAUUCGUCGCUUUUGUAUCAUCUCAUAUGUAACUAUGAUGAAAUUAUGAUGCCGGAGAAA